AUGCUGGCCAAUGCAAUCCCAGGCAUUGCAAAACCACGCCCACAUGGCCGUCGCGAUGCUGCUCGCGAGGGAGUCUGCGUUCCCAUCUCGCCAAUCCUUCACGACGCGAAGGACCUUGAAGCAAAAAUCCGCCCUCCAGAAGGUGUUUGCGAUGCGAACGAAACCAUUGAGCCGGCACCAACACCCACAAACAUCCGUAUCCAUAGUGCAUUAGCAGCAAACACCGACGACGAUCCGUACUCUUGCAACGAGAAUAAGCCCUGCGGCAACGGGGCCUGCUGUGCCAAGUCCGGAUACUGCGGGUUCGGUCCAAAGUACUGUGGUGAAGAUGGGAAGUCUCCAAACGAUGUGUGUUGGAGUAACUGCGAUGCCCACGCCGAGUGUGGUGUCUAUGCCGAGACAAAGGGCGACGAGUGUCCCCUCAACGUCUGCUGCAGUCAGUAUGGGUUCUGUGGUACAACGGCCGAGUUCUGCGACAGAGGUGAGGACAAUGAUGACGAUGACGACGACGAGCCGACGGGUUGUCAGAGCAAUUGCGACCAACCGGGCUCUGGAGCCUCUGGCAGCGAGGUUCGAGACCGCAUUAUCGGGUACUAUGAAGUGUGGAAUCACCAGAAGAAGUGCAUCAACAUGGACAUUGAUGAUGUUCCGGUGGAAAGUCUAACGCAUCUUUACUACGCCUUUGGAUAUAUUGAGCCGGAAACGUAUAAGAUCGUGCCCAUGGACGACGGUGCCGACGGGGCCUCCGAGCCCGUUGAUCAGUACACAUUUGCUGCAGUCGCCGGCCUCAAGAAGAGAAACCCAGAUCUGAAAGUCAUCAUUGCGCUAGGAGGUUGGGCCUUCAAUGAUAAUCACACUGUAUGGCAACCCGUCUUCAGCGACAUGGUCUCCUCAUCGUACAAGCGAGGGACCUUCAUUGGGCAGCUGGAACUCUUCAAAUCUCAUUAUGGCUUCGACGGCGUCGAUUUCGACUGGGAGUAUCCGGGUGCUGAGGACAGAGGCGGGCACGAAGACGAUGGGAGGAACUUUCGAAAGCUUCUGGAAAGUCUGGCUACAUUCUACAGGGGCACCGACUUUGAGAUCUCCUUUACUGCUCCAACCAGCUACUGGUACCUGCGUCAUUUCGAUCUGAAAGCAAGCUCCGAUAUAGUAAACUACGUGAACCUAAUGUCUUACGACUUGCAUGGCAUAUGGGACUCAAACAACCCCAUCGGUUCACAGGUCCUCGCGCACACAAACCUUACGGAAAUUGACAAGGCGCUGGAUUUACUCUGGCGAAACGACGUUGAUCCCUCUAAAGUCAACCUAGGUAUAGGGUUCUAUGGACGCUCGUACCAAUUAGCAGACCCAGCUUGUUCCCAACCCGGGUGCCUCUUCAAAGGUGGCGGCAGCGCUGGUCCAUGUACAGGGCAAUCAGGUAUUCUGUCCUAUGCGGAGAUCAUGGAUAUCAUUCAUGAGAAUAACCUUGACCCUGUCCAUGACGAGUUGAAUGCUGUGAAGUAUAUCACGUGGAACCAGGACCAGUGGGUGUCAUUCGACGACCAGGACACUAUCCAGGCCAAGAUCGAGUUUGCUAACAGCAAGGGCCUCGGCGGUCUGUUGAUCUGGGCAGUCGACCUUGACACUCCGCAGUUGAACGCACUGGCCGGCGUGAUCUACCCCAAGAAGCUCGGAUUCCGUGGCGAGAAGGCCAAGGGUGCUGACAACUGGGAAGAACUCUCCGAGGGCGAGUGCUAUGCAAGCGAGUGCAGCAAGAACCCCACUUGCAAGGAGGGAUUUAUCAAGGCGGAUACGUUCUGGUGCGGUGACGACGACUGGCCAUUGAACCGUCCGGAUGGUGAACAAGCUAUAUGCUGUCCGGUUUCGUCAGUCCCUGAUGUUAGUAAAUGUACAUGGCACGGCGGAGACGAUGGCGGAGAGUUCUGCAACGGUCAGUGUCAUGAUGGCGAGGUUGCUGUUGUCUCGUCCAAAUGGGGCGACCAUGGGAGUUGGUGCAUUGACGGCCGCAAGUUCUUCUGUUGUCCAACAGAGGUCCAGCAGCCAGAUUGUCGAUGGACUGGAUGUGAUGAGCAAUGCAAGGACAACGAAGACGAGAUGACCUGGCGGGACAGCGUGUGCAAGGAGAAACUGUGCUGCAACAGUGCGCAGAAGUGGGAGAACUGCGCCUGGCACGGCAAACCAGGCAGCUGCUUCGAUAACCACUGCGACACUGGUUGGCAAGUGGCCGUCACUAACUCAUUUGACGGGGAGGGCGAUGACUGUGGUAUCACCGGCCGCAAGCGCACCUUCUGCUGUGAUCUCCCGGAUGGUGUCUCCCCAUUUCUCCCGGUUCCGUUGGAAUAUCUCUUCCCAGAUGCACCCGAUGAGGACGAAGUCAACUCCGACUUUGUGCUCAAGGUUGACCCUACCUGGGGUGGAUCUGAACCAGAGGAGUUCAUGAUUCUUGAAGAAGAGCCGGAUGAAGCGCCGUUUGGAUUCGUUGUGAUGACCAGCCCGGCUGAGAUCCAGCAGUCCCUUGACAAACGAGACGGCUCCCAUUGGGAGGUAUUCGACUGUCUGGAUGCUACUACAAUUGGCGAACACAGGGUGCGGAUGGUCUGUACGGAUACAUCCGAGCAGUCAAACUGCGGGAAUAUCCACUGGGGACAUGGAGCCCCGGGGACAAUCAUCCAAAUGCCGCAAGGGUGCGGGCCGGGUAAAUAUGCUGUUGUCAAGGACCUUUCCCCCAGUGUCAACCAAACACUUCCCGGCUCCCUCGCACGCCGUGGCCUCCUCGACACUGUAUAUGACCUGACAUUCGACUAUGACUUCAAACGCGUGCCGCGCGACCUGGGUGAGACCAAUCUGCGGAUUGAUUACAGCAACGACGUGGAUUAUUGGGACAACAUUGUCGACAAAGCCGCAGACGUCAAGAAACGACGCAAGCGUGAGCUGCAUGAUGUGAACGGGAAUCACCGUCGAUGGCUGGAGGAAGAGUGGCGUGACGAUGCACACUUCGGCGGCGUCUCGAGCGGGGACUUGCACAAACGCUGGUUCGGGAGUAGUAUCAUUGACUGGCUGAGGAACAUUAUCGGCACUGUGGAAAAGACCAUUGAGUUCGGGCAUCACUUCACGGAGGACUAUAUCUUGAAGAUUGUCGAUCAGCAGCUCUCCUGCCCCAGUGUAGAGGCCUACCUCGACGUGCAUGCGGAAACCCACGUCGAGGCCCAUGUCAGCUACGGAUUCACAGUCAUUGCAAAGCUGGACCACCGUCCCAUUGACCUGAGCGACUCGUUCUUAUAUUUCCGGACCAAAGGCGAGGUCACUGCCUCGUUUGUCAUCGACGGUGCUGCAACGUACAGUUUCGAUACAGGCAACAAGCGCCUUUUCUCCGCCGAUAAGUUCGGGGCUGCCUUUACUGUUCCGGGCAUCGUCACAGUUGGCCCUAACUUCGAAGUCAAUGGCCAGAUCGAGGGUGCGGCAACCUUGGGCGUCAACUUCGAAAGCAGGGUCAAGCUUGCUGGCUGGGACAUCGAACAGACCUACCCCAUCCCAGAGACCGACAAGAACGACUACACCCCUCAGCUCGAGAAGUCGCCCAACAAGGAUGGAUUCCAGACGCCCCAGGUGCCGGAGAUCGAAUGGUCUGUCGGGGUCAACGGGUACGUGACGGCCCACAUCAAACCAUCGAUAUCGUUCGGGAUCAUGUGGGAUGAUCUCUUCUUCGACAUUGAGGACUGUGCCGUGCGACUGACUGCCGAUGGCCACAUUACAUUCCACGCAUCCGCGGGCACAGGGAGCUCCGGGACAAACGUGUGCGUUGGAAUUGAUGCAGGCGCGGAUCUGUACGCUACCAUCGACGCACCGGAUGCCAUUGACUGGGCACUUCCCAAGACACCCUACUACCUUCUCCCCAGCAAUGACAUCGAACUGUACUCAAAGUGCUGGACCCCGGACACCAAGCGCAGCGAAAUUCCGGCUCUCGACGCACCGACCAACUCCUCGAUCCGCGUUCUCGAAAGCACUCUUCAACGCCGGAACUACCUCGAUGUCGACGCCAACAGCACAGCACACGGAAAACACCUCCUAGGCAAGCGUGCACAGGUCUGGGGGCCUCUGCUCCCUAAUAUCCCUAUUGGCUGUCCCAACGACGAACAGGAGGAAAUUAGUCCGUGUCCCGAAUGCACCUACGGAGACUAUGAUACGAACAGCCUGAGAAAGCGAGAUGGUGCGGUCUGCGCAUAUUAUCCCGGCGCGGCGGACGAAGAGCUCUGCGGACCGAACGACGACCUUACCACGAGCGGACUGGAGAAACGUGUUAAGGGUAAGGCAAAGACCAUUAAGUGGGACUAUAACGGCGUGACAGAAACCUUGACCGCUGUCUAUUACCCUUCGUGCGGGGUGGCGACCAAACUGGAUGACGUCGAGAAAUGGUACGGAUACGCGCCUAGAAAGUGCAGCCCCCGAGUCGUGUUUCUCAGCCAGAAUGAAUAUGUCUUGACUGGAGACGAAUAUGUCACCGAGCAUAUAUACGAGGCCCAAACCGUCAAGUAUUUCCUGGAGUGGCUAAUCAACGGCCCCCUACCGGGCGGCUACACCACAGCCAGCAGAGAGUGGGUGUCUGAGGUUUUGAUCGGGCUGGCGCCCAAUACGAGGGCGCCAUUUGCAGCAUCAGACUGGGUUGACCUGGGGGGCCCUCCAACCAAUCUUUGGGAACGCCUUUUCCUGAACAUCGGCAGCGACGAUAAGUUAGAAGGACUCGUCAUCGCAGAGAAGAACAUGAACUCCGUAAAGAACAGCUUCUUCGGGAGAAAGAACCCGACCACCGCUAACGACAACAACGACGAGAGCCUCACGCGCAACCGGCAUCGAAGUACCGCAGGUGUGUUCUGGUACAUGAAAAUCCCGGCGGUGUGGGCAACCUUCGUCGAAGCGUCGCAGGGGAUCGCCGUCGCGCUCUAUGAAUUCGACGAGGAGUACAUAUGGGGCUCCGAGCAAGAUGAGAUCGGUCUUCCUCCAAAUGUAACUCCAGAUAAGAGGGGGAAUCGCGGCCUCCGCGAGCUGUAUUGCUAUUGGAUCGACGUUUACCUCAGGGACAUCGAGACCCGGGGCGAGACGUGGAGGACCGCAGCCAGAGCCAACUACCAGGCCGAAUUUGGGAACACGGGCUGGCUCCAGCAGUUUGACAACGGAGACAUGAGGGCCGGCAGCAUCAAGUUCCCGGCCGCGGGAGGUAGCCGCCAUGGUGCGGCGGGUAUAUGGACGCGCAGCAACUACAAGAACUUGUGGACUGCGCCUGGUGGCGGAUUUGGGCCCUACUGA